AAAAAAACACGUGGAGUUUUGCCAUCUGGGGAUUUCCCUCACCUUGGUUUUGUCCAAAAAAUAAUUUCUUGGCAUGAAACUUGUCUUUUGUGCGUACAAAAUUUAUCGAAAUUUUUUUAAAAUAAUAAAACAAAAUAAUGGCUUUUAUUUUCCUUUUUUUUUUUUCAACAAUUUUUGUAUUAAUAUUUAUUUAAGGAUCUUCCUCCUUUUCAAUUAUCAGUCAAUCAUGUCUUCCAAUCAUUAUUAUGUGAAAAAAAUUAUUUAUUGCAAGACGUUAAUAAUAAUGAUCCCAAAACACUGAUCAAUCAAUUAAAUAAAUGAUUGUUGAUCAAUUUAAAACAAGUAGCAUCAAAUCGUACAUAUUAAAAUAAAAGCUGCGCAAGCUCCAAAUCAUCAUCUUGUCUCUUUGUGUUAUUUUUGGCGGUAUUGCCUCGGUUCUAUGCUUUAAAUAGGAGUGUGUUUUCUUUGAGAAGGCAGUUUGUAACACGAUUUCUACAUGCUGGAACAUCGUACUCUUUUUGAAGUAUCUUAUGCACGGUUAACAUUGUUUCGAUCAAACGAAGUGCGUAUUUUUUUUCACAAUGGAUGCCAACCGAGUGCAUAUCCAAUCCUCUACAAAGAGAACUUGCUGAUUCGAUAAUUCGAAUGCAGUCGUUGGAUGAAAUAAGAAUAUUAUUGGCUUGUGGAGCUAAACCAAAUGAUGCUGUUACACAGGGACUUAGACCACUUCACUAUGCAAUAUGGCAAAAAUAUACUGAUGCAGCACAAUUACUUAUUGUACGUGGUGCUGAUAUUGAUGCAACUGAUGAAUGUGGUUAUUCAGCACUACAUCUUGCUGCUGAACAUGGAUAUCAUGAUCUUGUUAAAUUAUUAAUAAAAGCUGGUGCUAAAGUUGAUCAUCGUGAAGAUACAAAUGAACUUUUUCCAAGAACAAUGUUAUGCGAGGAGCCAUUACGUCUUGCCUUGAGAAAUCGUCACAUUGAAGUUGCUAAAACACUACUGGAAGCUGGCGCAAAUCCAAAUAAACGUUAUUUUUUUGGUUCGGAAAUUAAUUUAAUAUCACCAUUGGAUCUUGAUUGUAUGGAACUUUUAUUAUCAUUUGGAGCACAUCCAAAUACACGUGAUCGUGCUGGUUUAACACCACUAAUGAAAGCUGCACGUUUACCACAAGGUAUUGCUGCUGUAUUAUUGCUGCUAAGUUUUGGUGCUGAUGUUAAUGCAAUGGCUGAUCCAAGACAUGAUUUUAGAACAGUUUUACACUAUGCAAUAUUAGGUGGUGAUCCAACAGUUAUUAAUUUAUUAUUGAAACAAGGUGCUUCAUUGGAUCUUGGCUCAGAUUAUCAAAAACCAACAGCAUUGGAUCUUGCUAUUCUCAAGGGUGAUCUUUCAAUUGUUGAAAUGUUACUUGAAGCUGGUGCAAAUGUCAAUGCAACAUCACCAAUAAUUGGCUCACCUUUACAUGUUGCAUGUGCUGAUAAUAUACCAAAUCGUUUUGGUAUAUUAUGUAUGCUACUUGAACGUGGAGCUGAUCCAAAUCUUGUUAUACGAAGUGAUGAAGGUCCAGCAUUACGUCCAGUACUUGCUGAAUAUGUUGCAUCAAAUGAAAAUCCAUCAAUUGAAGUUAUACAAUUAUUAUGUAGUUAUGGUGCACGUGUUGUUAUUAAAACACAAUUUCGUGAUCCACAUGGUAUAUUAAAUUCACUACAAAAUACAGCAAAUAAACCAAGAUUAUUAAGAGCACUUCUUGAAGCUGCUGAAAGUUUUGAUCCAUGUAUGAUUAAAAGAUCAAGUAGUUUAACUGAUGCACAAAGAGUACUUAUUAUGGAAGCUGCUAAAACACCAUUACCAUUAACACAUCAAGCAAGAUUAAUUGUUAGAAAAUUAUGUGGUAAUAAAUUACCUAAAAUUGUAUGUAGAUUACAAGUACCACGAACGUUACAUCGUUAUUUACUUUAUGACUGUAACUAACGAUAUUGUUUAUCAUUUUAAAAAAUAACAACAACAACAUCUUAUCAUCAUGAUAACUUAUUGUUAUCACUUUUUGAUUGUGAUAAAAUUCGACUCGACAUUAUUAUUAUUUUUCUAAAUAUUUUUUAGUCUUUUUAUUUCAAUUAUUGCUAUCAUUAGACUGAUGCUAUAAAUCAUUUUACAUUAAUUGCUAUUAUAUAUAAUUUGAAAAUAAUAUUUUAAGGUAAAAUUUCGAUAAAAAAGAAAAAAAAAAAAAAACCAAACAAGUCUGAGGAAUAAUCAAGUAUUAACGUACCUUUAAAAAGAGAAAAAAAAAAUAUAAAAAAGAAAAGUGUGACCUCACUAUAUUUGACUUGUUUCAAGUUUGCUGUUAUAUCUGAUAUUUAAUUUUUUACCUUUGUAUAAUAAUUAAGGAUUAACGGAUUUAAAUAAAAUGACGAUAAUAUAUUUGUGUCAA